CGGCUGUAAAAUUUCAUGCAUGCAUGGCUACUUCUCCAACCAUGAAUCCUCCUUCGCUUGUAGUACUCCACCUCAUCAUCCUUCUUUUACCCUUUUGCACAACCGCGCAGCCGCCGGAAUUCCGCCUCAUGUCCUGCUACAACGACGCCGGCGGGAACUACACCGCCGGCAGCACGUACCGCCGAAACCUCGACACCCUCUUGUCCUCACUCUCCGCAGACAACCAAACCACCACGGGCUUCUACAACCUCUCCAUGGGCCAGGUCAACGCCAUCGGCCUCUGCCGAGGCGACGUGUCGCUCGAAGAAUGCCGCGGCUGCAUGGCCGACGCCACGCGUCGGAUCCUCGUCGACUGCCCGGUCCAGAAGACGGCGUUCGGCCACUACGGCAACACCUGCCAGAUCCGGUACUCGAACCGGUCCAUCUACGGUUCGCUCGAGCCGAACCCAAGCCUCUACUUGUGGAACACCCAGAACGCGUCCGACCCGACCCGGUUCGACGGCGCCUUGAACGACUUGCUGGUCGGUCUCCGGGUAUCCGCAGCGGGGGGAAGCUCGGUGAGGAAAUUCGCGACGGGAACGGCGCGGCAAGGGUUCGUCACCGUCUACGGCCUCGUGCAGUGCUCUCCCGAUCUCUCGCGGCAGCGCUGCGACGACUGCCUCGCCGCUGCCAUCGGCCAGAUCGUCGGCGGGAGAAUCGGGGGACAGAUCUGGCAACCUUGUUGCCGGGUGGGGUAUGAGACUCAUCGAUUUUACGCUGGAACGGAACCGCCGCCGCCGAUGUCACCGACUUCUUCUCCACCGCCUCCAGCUCCGGCAGGCAGAGGAAGUAAGAGUACAAGAAAGACGGCAGUUGUUGUGAUUCCUAUCGUCUGCGCCAUCGUGCUCAGCUUCAGUUUUAUCUUCUUCUGCCACCGUCGAAGAUUGAAGAGGUCGAGAAUCCCUAACCAGAGUCAAAGAGAUGCGACCACCGAUGAGAUUAUCAACGAGGGAUUCUUGCAAUUCGAUUUCCAAAUUAUCAGAGCUGCCACAAAUGAUUUCUCCAUUGAAAGCAAGCUUGGAGAAGGCGGAUUUGGAGUCGUAUACAAGGGAAUGUUGUCAAGUGGGCAAGAAGUAGCCGUGAAGAGACUAAGAAAAGAUUCAGCACAAGGAGACAUAGAAUUCAAAAAUGAAGUGAAGUUGGUGGCUAAGCUUCAACAUAGGAAUCUAGUUAGACUUUUGGGCUUUUGCUUAAAAGGAAGAGAGAGGCUUCUCAUCUACGAGUUCAUCCCUAAUGCCAGUCUCGAUCAUUUCCUCUUUGAUGUGGAUAAACGAAAGGAUUUGAAUUGGGAGAGGCGAUACAAGAUAAUUAUAGGUGUCACUCGAGGGAUGAUUUACCUUCACGAGGACUCUCGAUUGAAGAUCAUCCACCGUGAUCUAAAAGCUAGCAACAUUUUGUUAGAUGUUGAGAUGGAUCCCAAGAUUUCAGAUUUUGGGAUGGCUAGAUUGUUUGAUAUGGAUGAAACUCGGGCAAUUACUAAUAGAAUCGUUGGGACAUACGGAUAUAUGGCUCCGGAAUAUGCAAUGCAUGGGCAAUUUUCAGUAAAGUCUGACGUGUUCAGUUUUGGGGUGCUAAUUUUAGAGAUUGUGAGCGGCCACAAGAACAAACAUAUCCAUGGCACCUCGAGCAUGGAAGACCUGUUAAGCUAUGCAUGGAAGAACUGGAGGAACGGAACUUACACCAACCUCAUAGACCCGUCUCUGGGGAACAACGUUCCCGGCGGCGACGUCGCGAGAUGCAUCCACAUUGGGCUGCUGUGCGUGCAGGAGAAUGUCAACGACAGGCCGACCAUGGCCGCCGUUGCUCUGAUGCUAAGCAGCCACUCCGUCACCUUGCCGUUGCCUUCCAAGCCGGCCUUCUUCAUCCACAACAGCACUACCACCGGAGGCGGUUCUUCUUCUUCUUCUUCGCGGGGUCACAGUAGUAGCAACAAUUCAAGGGAGAGAACUACUGAUGAUCAUAGUGGUUCUGAUGAAGCUCUUCCUUUUUCGAGAAAUGAGGUUUCUCUAUCCGAGUUCUAUCCUCGUUGAAACGCUCUGUUGCUGGUACCAAUUAUUUUGUGACCCGAAUAUUUACGUUGUUUUCCUGAUAAUCAGGACUAGUCCACGGGAGAGGUAGAACUCUCCAGAGUCAAUAUUAUUCAGCUUAGCUUUUCUGUACAACAAAGAUACAAAUAUAUAUAUACAUCGGUCUAAGGUACAAACCGAACCCUCCUGGUCUAUUUAGGUAACUCUGUAGUUAAGAAAACAUUGCAAAAAAGCUACCAAAAUAAACUAUGUUGUCACUUCAAUAGUUCCUUUCUGGGUUUUACAUGUAAAAAGUAUGGACUCCCAGACCCACGAUUUCAAGCUUGAACGUUUAUACCAGGUCAGUUCAUGUUUCUGGAGUUCAACUCGCUUUCGUUUCAAGAUUCUAAGCGCAUGACAUAACUCGUUCAGCUUUCAUACGUUUUCACCCGUUGUGUGUCUUUUAUCGUCAUGCGUCUCUUGUCGGGACACUCACCCUACACGUCUAGACUGUCAGACACCUCUUUGGGUUGGACUCUAACUUUACUUGAGCUAUCACUUGGACCCUUACAAAUUUCUUUGGGCUUCUCUAUUUGGGCCUUUAUUAUUUAUACCCCAACAGAAAACAAUGAGGUUUUUUUUUAUAAAUGGAUACAGUGCAU